AUGUAUUCGGAACCAGACAAGAAAAACUAUGAGCCCCGAGUGCCACUUCCUGCACAACAGUCGCCGCCACCAAGUUGGAAUAAGACAGGAUCCUGGCAAGCUAUCGAUGUCGUUCCCAUCCUUGCUGAUGACGAGAAUCCUUCAAAACAACACAGCACUGAGCACUCAGGGUGCAGAACUUUAUUGCUGGUCUCGCAAAAAAUCCAUGUACACACCUCGCAUCAUGCUGCCGAGCUGCCGUCGUCCUCGGGGCUGUCGUCGGUCGAUCAAUCCCGUCCUCGAACGCCGCACUCUCGAAAAACCAGACUUUCUGGUCGCAGCUGGGAUAGUCUGAGGCUAGUAUUUGAUUUUAAUAUGGUUUUGAAUCCGAAAUCUCACGAUCUCUCAACUCACGAAGUUGUACACAUGCGAUGGACUGCGAGCAUGGAAAAAUUUGUCGAUGGGCUUGCCCGACGCACCAUGAAUGUACUAGUAACUAAACUAACACCUCCCUAUUAUAUCGAUCCACAUACGGCAUGGGUGUCCGAGGUGCAAAAAGAGCUUCACACACGAAAAGGCAUUGAUGCCACGCAUGUUAUCAUGACAAGCGGCGAAAGGAACCCGGAAUGGUGGUCAGAUGUUAGGGCAUUGGGGCGGACGCGGGUAGAUUAUGCAGCGGAGCGGACAGAGGAGAUCUAUGGACAAUGGCAUCCAGCGUUCCUCGACGCUAUCAUUCAGUCGAAUGGAGCUGGCUUCGUUAGCACUCGUGGUUCUACGAUAUCCACACUAGCUAGUCGCAGAGUACAGCCGUGGCAUGACCGAGCGACUCGGCUCGUUAGAUGGGGGUGGCCGAGCGCGGAUGACCACUGA